AUGCAGAUGAUUCAACUUCUUGCCCUCGCCCUCUCCGUGGCGUCGGUCGAUGCCGCCUCCAAGGGCUUCAACUACGGUGCCACCAAGGCUGAUGGCAGCAGCAAGUACCAGGCCGAUUUCAAGAAGGACUUCGCCGCCGCCAAGGCCCUCGUCGGCCAGUCCGGCUUCACCAGUGCCCGUCUCUACACCAUGAUCCAGGGCGGUACCACCAACACCCCCAUUGAGGCUAUCCCCGCCGCCAUUGAGGAGAAGACCGAGCUGCUUCUCGGUCUCUGGGCCUCCGGAGGUAACAUGGCCAACGAGAUCACCGCUCUCAAGGCCGCCAUCAGCCAGUACGGUGAUGACUUCGCCAAGCUGGUCGUCGGUAUCUCCGUCGGUAGCGAGGAUAUGUACCGCAACUCGGUCACCGGCUCCAAGUCCAACGCCGGCCCCGGUGUCGAGCCCGAGGAGCUCGUUUCCUACAUCAAGGAGGUUCGCUCUACCAUCGCCGGCACCGGCCUGAGCUCCGCUCAGAUCGGUCACGUCGACACCUGGGAUUCCUGGACCAACUCCUCCAACUCCGACGUCGUCAACCACCUCGACUGGCUCGGCUUCGACGGAUACCCUUACUACCAGCUCACCAUGGAGAACGGUAUCGAGAACGCCAAGGCCCUCUUCGACGACUCCGUCGCGAAGACCAAGUCUGUCGCCAACGGCAAGGAGGUCUGGAUUACCGAGACCGGUUGGCCCGUCAGCGGUCCCCAGGAGGGCGAUGCUACCGCCUCUGCCGCCAAUGCUAAGCAAUACUGGGACGAGGUUGGUUGCCCUCUGUUCGGCAACACCAACACCUGGUGGUACAUGCUUGAGGACGAGGGUGCCAGCCCCAGUUUCGGUGUCGUCAAGAGCGACCUGAGCACUCCUCAGUUCGACCUGUCCUGCAACUCCAGCUCCACCAGCACCUCCUCCAGCUCCGCUGCUGCUUCUUCCUCCACUGGCCUCUCCGGCAAGGGCUCCACCGGCUCUGGCUCUAGCUCCGGCUCGGGCUCGAACUCUGGCUCCUCGGGCUCGAACUCUGGCUCCUCCGGCAAGGGUUCCUCCAACUCCGGUGCCUCUGGCUCCAGCUCCGGCUCUGCCUCCGCUCCUGUCGUGAGCUCCAAGCCUACCUUCGUCCCCGGCCGUAACGGCACCCACGCCUCCAGCUUCGCCUCCGCCAGCCGCACCUCCACCCCUCUGACCUCCGCCACUGGCUCCGGCUCUUCUAGCUCUGGCUCCGGCUCUAGCUCUGGUUCCAGUUCUGGCUCCAGCUCCGGCACCUCCAGCUCCGGAUCAGGCUCCUCUUCCGGCUCCAGCUCCAGCUCCGGCUCUGCUGCCUCCGCCUCCUCCACCUUCAACGCUGCUGCCCGCACCGGCUCUGGCUCUACCUUCGGUGCCAUCGUCGCCGCUGCCGUCCUCGCCAUUGCCGUCUAA